GUGUAUUGACAAUAUGGCUGAUCGUUUUGCUGAGCGGGGAAGAAGGAAGUCUUUGCUUUGACAGUAUAAGACCCUGGCAUACAUCUUUCACGGUUGCUGAAAAAACAUAUCCAUGAAUGAGGGGACUUGGGAUUCCGCGGGAUGCAGUCAUUGAGCUGAGGAUAUAUUUAGAGCGUUAGAUCAGCCAUGUCGUUUUUUAGGAGGAAAGCAAAAGGCAAGGAACUCGAGAGACCAGUGGAUGCAAAAGGGGCCAGGGCUCCAGCGACGUCGCACUCCCCCUCUCUGGCUCCCCGUAACCACCAUGCCAUCCUGGAAGCAGCGGGGCCCAGCCACGUGGCCAUCAACGCCAUCUCGGCGAACAUGGACUCAUUCGCCCGAGGACGCACUGCCAUCCUCAAGAAGCAGCCCAGUCACAUGGAGGCUGCACACUUUGGGGACUUAGGUCGCUCCAGUGUUAACUACCAGGCUCAGGAGACGCGGUCACGGCUGUCCAAGACGGUGGAGCAGAUCCUGAGGGACAACGUGGCCAUGCCCUACUACAUCCAGUUCAUGGAGACGCAGGGGGCCGACCACCUUGUCAAGUUCUGGCUGGAGGCCGAGAGCUUCCGGGCCACUAGCUGGUCCCGCGUCCGGGCGCACAGCCUCAACUCCGUCAAGCACAGCUCGCUCGCCGAGCCGGCCUCGCCCGCCGCCAGGAGGCCGGACAGCGAGGACUCCUCGGAGUCUCCUCCGCACGCGCACACCCCCAGCCCCCCCGACACAAACUCUCACAGCCCGGGGCCGGCAGCCCACGCCAACUCCCUGAACUCGGAUGGCCGCAGGGAGCCCGGCGGGCCUCAGCUGUCCCCCAGAGCCGAGACUCCAACCAGGCAACCCUCCUCCAAGACGGGCACGCCGUUCAAACUCCAGCCCACCAACGCACUCAAACAGCUGUCUGACAAGCUCAUGAAGAGUAUAGAGAGAGAUGCGGUGAAUAUUUUCACCAAGUACAUCUCACCGGACGCUGCUAGAUCCAUCCCCAUCACAGAGUCUAUGAGAAACGACAUAGUGGCUAAAAUCUGUGGGGAAGAUGGACAGGUGGACCCGAACUGCUUCGUCACAGCACAGAUGGUAGUCUUCGGUAUCAUGGAACAACAGCACUUUAGUGAAUUUUUACGGAGCCAUCAUUUCUGUAAGUACCAGAUCGAAGUGUUGACCAGCGGUACUGUUUUCCUGGCCGACAUCCUCUUCUGCGAGUCAGCACUCUUCUACUUCUCAGAGUACAUGGAGAAAGAGGAAGCUGUGAACAUUCUACAGUUCUGGCUGGCUGCAGACAACUUUCAGGAUCAGCUCGCUGCUAAGAAGGGCCAGUACGACGGGCAGGAGGCCCAGAACGACGCCAUGAUCCUGUAUGACAAGUAUUUCUCUCUCCAAGCCACAAACCCACUGGGUUUUGAUGACUCCGUGCGGUUAGAGAUAGAGUCCAAUAUCUGCCGGGAGGGCGGCCCUCUCCCGGACUGUUUCACCACUCCACUGAGGCAGGCGUGGACCACCAUGGAGAAGGUUUACAUGCCGGGCUUCCUCUCCAGUAACCUUUACUACAAGUAUCUGAACGACUUGAUCAAUUCUGUUCGGGCGGAUGAGUUUUGCGGCGGGAACACGAUCGGCCCAGGACAAGGUCUGUCUCAGGACGGCGACCGCGGCGCUAACACCUCUGAAGAGACGCAAGCCCAGCAGGGCACCAAAAAAGCAGCAGUCAAAAUCCUGAAAAACUUUGACGAGGCGAUAACAGUGGACAUUGCCAGCUUGGACCCGGAGUCGCUCUACCAGCGCCCGUAUGCUGGAAGAAUGACAUUUGGGAAAGUCAACGAGCUCGGACAGUUUAUCAGGGAGGCUGAACCGGAACCUGAUGUGAAGAAAUCCAAAGGUUCCAUGUUUUCACAAGCAAUGAAGAAAUGGGUGCAAGGAAAUUCAGAUGAGGCCCAAGAAGAAAUGGCCUGGAAGAUUGCCAAGAUGAUUGUGAAUGACGUCAUGCAUCAGGCACACUACGAGAACCCUGGUGACAAGGCGACUAAGCUAUGACCUUCAUGAAGAACCAAAGGAUGCUCCUUGCUGAAGUGCUGUGUCCCAUGGAAUCAUGGGCCAGAGGAGUCAGAGAGGAUCUGCACACUGCAUUAAUCCUGUGUCCAAUCUGUGUGAAUGAAGAUAGAACAGACAUUCCUUGACUUCCUGCAUCACACUCCGAGCGUGCGUGAGUGUGUGUGUGUGGUGCGCAAAUGCGUGCGCGCGUGCGUGUGAGCGGAGUGUGGCAUCACUCCCAUUAUCUAACACUAUGAAGGCUUUUAAACGUAUGAAGUGGAAAAACAAACAAGACACUUGAGCAACUGGACCUGAUGCGAACAAAUUACCUGUGACAAAGACACAGAUUACUGGUGCGAGAAGAAGUGCUGAAAUCCAGUGCAUUAAAGUGUCUGCACUGGUACCCCGUAGCCUGUCCCCUGUACCCCAUACCUUUCUGCCGCCGAUUCUGAGAAGAAGCCCAGGACCUGAAAGAGACUUUGCAAAGUUGUGACAAUGAAGACCACAUUCUGUUUUUCCCUCCCAUUCCUGUUUGUUUUAAAGAAGAAUUGCUUCUAAAAGGUCACAUUCAUUUUAACUGAAGAGGCCAUCUUUGAUGAGAUGCACACAUUACUGAAUGGCUGUGUACAGUUUUAAUUACAAAUGCAUUUCUCCCUGGCCUCCUGUGUAUUUUGUGAAACAGUCUUGACAGUGAAAGUAAGUUGUCCUCUUCCUGUGUCCAGUAGACCAGAUGGGAAUGUGAUAAAACUGGAAAUUCCACCAAUCACUGCUCCAGAAUGGACCUGCCCAUCAUCUGUAGCAAGGCCUGGCACUCUGUCCAUGUCGUUACUGUAUACGAUUGCAAGUUGUCCUUCAACAGUUAAUGGAAACCUCCCUUGGAUUGAAGUGCAAGAGCUGCAAGUAAUACUCCAGGCUCCAUGUUAUAUGGUCGUAGUUUUCUGGUUUAUCCCAUAUAUUAAUGUUAUUUCCACUGUUUAAUGAUUAUUUUUUGUAUAAUAUGUCAAAGCAACGUCAAUACAAAUCUCAGUGAGGACUUUUUCAU